AUGCUUAGAAGACAAAUGUCCACUACUGUAAAAGCCAUAAAUUAUCCUCAAGAGUUUGUAAAAUUCUUGAAUGCUUCGCAUUCACCAUAUCAUGCAGUGCAUAACAUCAAGGCUCAUUUGAAAGAACAUGGGUUUAGUGAAUUGAAUGAACGUGAUGCAUGGAACGGGAAGCUUUCUCAGAUGGGUAAGUACUUUGUUACAAGGAACAAUUCAUCAAUUAUUGCCUUUGCAAUUGGUGGUAAAUGGUCUCCCGGUAAUGCUAUAGCCAUUACAGGUGCUCACACUGAUUCACCCACUUUAAGGAUUAAACCAUUAUCUAAGAGAACUAGUGAAAAAUAUACCCAAGUUGGUAUUGAAUGUUAUGGAGGAGGGAUUUGGCAUUCUUGGUUUGAUUCAGAUUUAGCUAUCGCUGGUAGAGUUCUUGUUAGCGAUAAGAAAACUGGAAAUAUCAUUUCAAGAUUAGUUGAUUUGAAGAAACCAUUAUUGAAAAUUCCAACUUUAGCAAUUCAUCUGGAUAGGGAGGUUAAUCAAAAAUUUGAGUUCAAUAAGGAGUCGCAAUUGUUACCUGUUGCGGGACUAUCGAAAGAGGAAACAAACACUAAAGAUAAGGGUUGCGAUCAUAACGAAAAAAUGUCCGAAGAGCAAUUUUCAUCUAUCAAAUCUAUUAUUGAAAGACACCACGAGCGUCUUCUUGAGCUAGUUGCUGAAGAGCUCUCCAUUGACUCUGUUGAUUCCAUUGAAGAUUUUGAAUUAAUUCUUUAUGAUAAUAAUCCAUCAUGUUUAGGAGGAUUAGAUGACGAAUUUGUGUUCUCCGGAAGACUGGAUAAUCUAACGUCAUGCUUCACCUCCAUGCAUGGGCUAUCAUUAGCUGCGGAUGUAAAUAUUGAAAAUGAAUCUGGUAUCAGAUUAAUGGCAUGUUUUGAUCACGAAGAAAUUGGUUCAGCCUCCGCACAAGGUGCUGACUCCAACUUUUUACCUAAUAUUUUAGAAAGAUUAACUUCUUUGAGAUGUACUGAAGAUGAUGUGACUAAACCAUUAGCGAAAUCGCUUAUCCUUGAAUCAUCCUCAAAAUCAUUUUUCUUAUCCAGUGAUGUGGCCCAUGCAGUUCAUCCAAAUUACGCAAGCAAAUAUGAAUCUCAGCAUAAGCCAUUAAUGGGCAAAGGUCCUGUCAUCAAGGUAAAUGCUAAUCAACGUUACAUGACGAAUUCUCCUGGAUUAGUCCUACUUAAAAAAAUUGCCGAUAAGGCUCAAGUUCCUUUACAAUUCUUUGUUGCAGCUAACGAUUCUCCAUGUGGUAGUACUAUUGGUCCAAUCUUAGCCUCAAAGACAGGUAUCAGAACAGUGGACAUAGGUAAUCCAAUCCUAAGUAUGCAUUCGAUAAGAGAAACUGGUGGUUCAGCCGAUAUAGAAUUGCAAAUCAAAUUAUUCAAAGAAUUUUUUGAAAACUAUUCUUCCCUUGAAAGUAAGAUUAUAGUCUAG